AUGACACGACAAAUACCCGAAGUCCGUAUCGUCGAAGUCGGUCCUAGGGAUGGCUUGCAAAGUAUACAAGAUACCGUCCCAACAGAGACAAAGAUCGAACUGAUUCAACGACUUCGUCAAGCUGGUCUCCGGAGUAUUGAACUUACUUCUGUCGUCUCUCCGCGCAAGAUACCGCAGUUAGCGGAUUGUCAGGAGGUUCUGGCCAAUCCAGCAAUUAAGAGGCUUAUUGAAGAUCCAGAGAAAUUAGGUCUUCAGUUACCGGUACUCACUCCUAAUUUAAAGGGGUUGGAGAUUGCAUUAUCACGGGGUGUCAAAGAAGUGGCUGUGUUUAUCAGUGCGACUGAAAGGUUUAGUCAGGCUAAUAUCAAUUGUUCUAUUGAGGGAGGACUAGAAAGGGCACGAGCUGUCGCUCGGAAGGCUAUUCAAGCUGGUGUUGCUGUGAGGGGAUACGUUUCCUGUGUCUUUGUGGAUCCAUACGAUGGCCCAACUAAUCCCUCCAGUGUCCUGCAUUGCGUGCAAGAAUUACUGCAAAUUGGCUGCUAUGAAGUAAGCCUAGGAGAUACAACAGGAGCCGGGACACCCGCCAAAGUGGCUACACUACUCAGAUAUCUCGAGAAAAACUCUAUCCCACUCAAACGCCUAGCAGGUCAUUUCCACGAUACAUAUGGUCAAGCUGUAGCAAACGUGCUACAAGCUUAUAUAUGUGGUAUCAGGGUAUUUGAUGCUAGCGUCGGUGGUCUGGGGGGAUGUCCAUUCGCUCCUGGCGCCAAGGGGAAUGUUUCGACGGAGGAUGUGGUUCUUAUGUUUCAAAAUGCAGGUAUUCAGACUGGCGUGAAUCUCACAGAGCUGAUCGCCACGGGUGACUGGAUAAAUCAGCAGGUCAGAGGCUCGUCGGACACUCUGCCUAGCGACUACUGCAUAGAAAUGGUGGACAUGCCACACUAUAAACAGCCGCAAUGGAGAGAAAAGGACCUACAUCUUUCAAGUUUUCGUCCAAUGACAUACAUGAAAGCAUCCAUCAGACGAGUCAAACACGCUGACAAGAUCCGGAUUUUUCAACUUGGAAACGGUGAUCUGAAAAUCGUACUGAAUCGACCGAAUAGGGAAAACAUGCUCACCAGAUCUAUGAUCACCGCCAUGAUCGAAUGUCUGAAAACAUGCCACAACGAUUCCUCAAUUUCUCGUAUUGUCAUAACUGGGACAGGUCCAUAUUUCUGUGCCGGCGUUGAUACCAAACGAGAAAGUUUCGAAGACAAUAACCCUGGUACCACGGCAGCACAUGACCUUUUGAUACAACUCUUCGGGAUAAUUGACCAAUACCCCAAAUCAGUUAUUGCAUGUCUCAAUGGACAUGCUUGCGGCGCCGGUGUAGCGCUAGCAUUUGCCUGCGACGAACGAAUUAUGAUGCGCACAGCAACGAUAAACCUCAACCCGACGAAAGAGACAAACAUCCUGACGGAUCUGGUGAACCGUUACUUCCCGUCAACAGCAACAAAACAGGACGACAAAAAAGAAAAGUGGCAUAGGACAUUAUCUUCUCGUCCUAUAAAUGGCCCCGAACUACAGCUACUGGGCCUUGUUACGGAGAUUGCAGAGAAUAAAAAGGAUAUGCAGAUGAAGUUAGAAAAUUGUUUAUGUGUGAAGGAUAAUAUAUCAUCUGGUAGAACCUUCGGAUCCUUGACGAAGUUAUGA